AGCUGAUGUUCUCUUGCACUCUGCCCCUUCAGACCCAUCAGACGCUGUGCCACGCUCCAGAAGAGUGAAGGGGAUAGAGGCUGAGCAAAGGAAACUGGAAAAGGAAUCACCAUGGCUGACUCUUCCACUAACAUGAGGCUACGAUUGCCUCUGUUGUGCAUCAUCUUGGAGGUCAUUCUCAUUAUUCUCUUUGGAGUACUGGUGGAGUAUAACCAUGACACAGAUGCCAAGAAGUGGAAUAAAAAUGGAACCCAUAGUGCGCAUGAGUAUGAGAAUGAAUUCUACUAUCGCUAUCCCAGUUUCCAGGAUGUGCAUGUGAUGAUCUUUGUGGGCUUCGGUUUUCUGAUGACCUUUCUCCAGCGUUAUGGAUUCAGCAGUGUGGGAUUUAACUUCCUCAUCGCAGCCUUUUCCCUACAGUGGGCCACUCUUAUGCAGGGCUUUUUCCAUGGCAUGGAACACGGCAAAAUCCAUGUUGGUGUGGAAAGUAUGAUAAAUGCAGACUUCUGCACUGGGUCAGUGCUGAUCUCUUUCGGGGCCAUUUUGGGAAAGACCAGUCCUGUGCAACUGCUUGUUAUGGCCGUUUUCGAGGUGACAUUGUUUGCUGUCAAUGAGUUCAUCCUACUCUCUGUCCUUGGGGCUAAUGAUGCUGGAGGUUCUAUGACCAUCCAUACAUUCGGCGCAUACUUCGGCCUAGUGGUGUCCCGUGUUCUGUACAGGCCAACCUUGGACAAGAGCAAACACAGAAACUCAUCUGUCUACCACUCUGACCUCUUUGCAAUGAUCGGUACCAUCUAUCUGUGGAUGUACUGGCCCAGCUUCAACUCAGCUGUUACACAAUAUGGGGAUCCCCAGCACAGAACUGCCAUGAACACUUACUACUCUCUGGCUGCCUGCACACUGGCUACAUUCGCUUUCUCUGCCCUCCUCAGCCAUGAAGGCAAAUUGGACAUGGUGCACAUCCAGAAUGCUGCUCUGGCAGGUGGUGUUGCUGUUGGAACAGCUGGCGAGAUGAUGCUGACUCCAGUUGGCUCCAUGAUCGUGGGAUUCCUGGCUGGAACUAUUUCAGUUCUGGGAUACAAAUACCUCACGCCGGUUUUGGAGAAGAAGCUGAAGAUCCAGGACACGUGUGGUGUUCAUAACCUGCACGGAAUGCCAGGAGUUCUGGGAGCUGUGGUGGGUGCUGUCACAGCUUGCCUUGCAUCCAAGGAUGUUUAUGGAGAGGGAUUCCAAAAAGUGUUUUCUGAAAGUGAAUCUGUUAGUUGGAGCGCUUCACAUCAGGGUGUUAUGCAGGCUCUCUCCCUGGCUGUCACACUCGGAAUGGCUCUGUUUGGUGGUCUACUUACAGGACUCAUUCUCAAGCUGCCAAUCUAUGGUUCUCCUUCGGAUACUCACUGCUUUGAGGAUGGUCUUUACUGGGAGUUACCGGGCGAGGAGGAAGAUCACACUGAGCUCACCGAGGUAGCCACACCAAACGAAGUUGAAAAACUGAACAGCUAAAUUACCAGUUUUCUUGUUCUUUUUGUGUUAUUUCAUGAUAUUAUACAUGUGUUAAAAAUUCGGUUACCUGUAAUGUUCUCUGCAGGUGCGAUUUAUUUUACUGAUGCUCUUAAAAUAAACCCACAAAAUUUGUUCCAUUAUUGUUAUUAGCAUUAUUUGUUGUUAUAGAAAAUCAUUGUCAGAAAGUCCUUUGCAGGCCGAAAACCAGAUCAGGGUUUCUGACAGUCUAGCUGCGAGAAACAGCUGGUGAGGGGGCUCAGCAAAAAUCAUCUGCUGGUAGAAAGAAGUGGCAGUAGGAUGUCGGCUGUUGCUGACAUAGAUGUAGGAAGUGCCUGCCGCUUGUAGUCAGCUGCAGCAAGGCCAAAAAUGACAGGAGAACGGUCAUGUGAAUAACACAUAUUAAUGCAUCAACAUGACUUUGUUUUCCAAUUAUUAAAUUAAUGUAUAGUACAUUAUAGUACUCGUUAAUAUCUCAAUAACGAGGUUCAGUGUCAAUCAAAUUGGAGCGAGUAUUAAAGUUGUCAUAAAAAUGUGGGAAUCACAAAAUCUUGUAAAUGUUAGCUAAACCUAAAAUUAAUUGGACACGUUAGAUUAGAUUAUUUGUUUUUAUUUACAUUUUUACAAUUUAUUAGUAGUAGGUAGAAUUGCCUAUGUAUUGGUUGUUAUGUUGUAUUUUCUAAAUACAUUCAGAGUUAACAUUCAGCAAAUUAUAAUUCAAUACCUGUCUGAAUGAUAAAAACAUGCUCCCAUUGAUUCCGUAUAUCCAAAUUCAUAUUUUUUUUUCUGUUUACCAUGCAAGCAUAAACCAUACAUUCCAUAUAAAAAUCCUUUGAUUAUGUCGGCAAGGGUUCAAAAUUAUGAAAAAUGAAUACAUUUCGAGAAAAUUCAAUGUUUUUAAAUGUGUAUUAUUUACUUUUUGAUUAUGCGAUUUUCUCCAUUUUAGUCUAUGGAGCUUUUCGUUUUUUCUGUUUCUGCUGUAUUAUACAGCACUGCAGGCAAACUGAACAAAAGAGACAGCUAUAACUGUGUUUAUGUGUUGGUAUAGAUGUCAAAGUGUAUGUGUGAACUGAUUUUUUUUGUGUGUGUGUGUGUCUAUGUAUACAGUUUGAAAGAAAGACAUCAUAUUUUGCAUUAUUAUUCAUUUUUAAUCGUUUUUAUACUGAGAUAAAAGGUGAGCUUGAUUUUUAUGUAGAAAGGCUUUUGGAGAUGAACAUUUUUCAGCCAAAGUGUGAGUUUUUUUUUUUUUUUGAAAAUCUUACAUUGCCUAAAAAAUAACAAUACAUUAAAGAUUGACGUUGUUGAUUAAUAACAUAUCCAAGACUGUAAUAAUAAAAAAAUCAGCUUCACAUUUA